AUGACUGCUCUCCGGAACCCGAAGGGAACAGCAAUUGCACCGAGAAGGGAGAUGGAGAAAAUCACUUACGACUUCUACUCUGAUCUCUUCGACAGCCAUGCCCACUUGCCUCCUCAGCAUCUGAGGGAAGACGGAGAUGUCAUUUUAGAGGUUUUCCCGUCCGAAAUACGACAUGCCAUCAUGUCGACCUUGCUGAACCGGCAAGCGCCGUCAGUUCCCGAACUCGAGCACGUUGAUAGACCGACAUAUGCGGUCAAAGAGGAACCACCGACCAUGUCCGGAGUUUUCGAUCUAUACCCAGAAGACGAAAGAUGGGAAAUCUGUGGAGACGAUGUGAUUAGCGCAGAAAUGCUGAAAUAUCUUCCUCCGUCUGGGAUUCGUGAGAUGACAGAGAUCAUCAGCUUAAUAUGGAUAGACAAAAAGAUACCUGACUCGUGGAGACACGCUAUCAUAAUUCCCCUCCACAAGAAGUUACCUGUCACGGACUCUAGGAAUUAUCGAGGAAUCGGCUAUUGA